UUCCCCGAGAGUGCCCCUUUUGGGGGCCGGGAGCCUCCUGAAGAAGAGGGGCCUUUUUUUGUUUUCGGGACCCCACCACUUCUCCCCAGAGGAAGCGCUAUGAGUCACAACCAGCUCUACGCGCCGCGGGGGAACGGCUCGCCGGUCGGCGGAACCCCCAGGAACGACAGCCAGGACUAUUUGCUGAUGGAUUCCGAAGCGUGUGAGGAGAACUGCCUGGCACCUUACGCUUACUACCCCAUUAGAGGUGCUGAGAACCGGUAUGGCUUUCGCCAACAGACUGUAGUUAGAGACAAAGGCAGGAGAUCUGCUAUUCGAGGCCCGGCAUAUAUGUUUAAUGAUCAUUCAACCAGCCUUUCUAUCGAGGAAGAGCGUUUUCUGGAAGCAGCAGAAUAUGGUAAUAUCCCUGUAGUCCGUAAAAUGCUGGAGGAAUGCACAUCGCUCAACGUGAACUGUGUGGAUUACAUGGGCCAGAACGCAUUACAACUGGCUGUGGCAAAUGAACAUCUGGAAAUCACGGAGCUGUUACUUAAGAAGGAAAACUUGUCACGUGUUGGAGAUGCACUACUCUUAGCCAUUAGCAAAGGCUACAUCCGAAUUGUUGAAGCCAUUUUGAACCAUCCUGCAUUUGCAGAAGGGAAGAGGCUGGCCACAAGCCCUAGUCAAUCGGAGUUGCAACAUGAUGACUUUUACGCCUACGAUGAGGACGGAACUCGCUUCUCGCACGACGUGACCCCCAUUAUCCUUGCCGCCCACUGCCAUGAGUAUGAAAUUGUGCACAUCCUGCUGAGGAAAGGAGCUCGGAUUGAGAGGCCUCAUGAUUAUUUCUGCAAAUGCAGCGAAUGCAACAAGAAGCAAAGGAAUGACACUUUCAGCCAUUCUAGAUCCAGGAUCAAUGCUUACAAAGGCCUAGCAAGUCCAGCUUAUCUGUCUUUAUCAAGUGAGGACCCGGUUAUGACUGCCUUAGAACUCAGCAAUGAGUUGGCUGUGCUUGCUAACAUCGAAAAAGAAUUCAGGAACGAUUACAAAAAAUUGUCAAUGCAAUGCAAGGACUUUGUGGUCGGACUUCUUGAUUUGUGCAGAAACACAGAAGAAGUGGAAGCUAUCCUCAACGGAGAUGUUGAACUGAACCAUGGAGACCAUGGACGUCCAAGCCUGAGCCGCUUAAAACGGGCUAUAAAAUAUGAAGUCAAAAAAUUUGUUGCACAUCCAAACUGCCAGCAGCAGCUUCUUUCAAUCUGGUAUGAGAAUCUAUCGGGUUUACGACAACAAACCAUGGCAGUGAAGUUUUUAGUGGUACUUGCUGUAGCUGUUGGAUUGCCCUUCCUUUCAAUUGCUUAUUGGAUUGCUCCAUGUAGUAAGUUGGGUAGAAUCAUGCGUGGGCCCUUUAUGAAAUUUAUGGCACAUGCAGCCUCUUUCACCAUUUUCCUUGGGCUCCUGGUCAUGAAUGCAGCAGACAGAUUUGAUGGCAUCAAACUCAAGCCCAAUGAAACCGUGACAGAUAGUGCGAAACAGCUGUUUCGAAUGAAGACAUCUUGCUUCUCCUGGAUGGAAAUGCUGAUCAUCUCAUGGGUAAUAGGCAUGAUAUGGGCUGAAUGUAAAGAAAUUUGGUCCCAAGGUCCCAAGGAAUACCUGUUUGAGUUGUGGAAUAUGCUAGAUUUUGGUAUGUUGGCUAUUUUUGCAGCCUCAUUCAUUGCAAGAUUCAUGGCCUUCUGGCAUGCUUCUAGAGCCCAGAAUAUUGUUGACGCUAAUACGGAGAUAGACUUGUCAGCUGCAACAUUGGAUCCACACAUAAAGUACUACACUUUGGCAAGAAUAGACUGGGAUCCAUCUGACCCUCAAAUCAUAUCUGAAGGCUUGUACGCAAUUGCUGUGGUUUUAAGUUUCUCACGCAUCGCCUAUAUUUUGCCAGCCAACGAAAGCUUUGGACCCUUGCAGAUAUCACUUGGUAGAACUGUGAAAGACAUAUUCAAGUUCAUGGUCAUAUUUAUCAUGGUUUUUGUGGCCUUCAUGAUAGGAAUGUUUAAUCUCUACUCCUAUUACUUGGGAGCGAAGCAGAAUGAAGCAUUUACCACAGUGGAAGAAAGCUUCAAGACUUUGUUCUGGGCAAUAUUUGGACUUUCUGAAGUAAAAUCUGUGGUCAUAAAUUAUAACCACAAAUUUAUUGAAAAUAUUGGCUAUGUCCUUUACGGUGUUUAUAAUGUCACCAUGGUUAUUGUUUUGUUGAACAUGCUUAUCGCAAUGAUUAAUAGUUCCUUCCAGGAAAUUGAGGACGAUGCCGAUGUAGAAUGGAAGUUUGCCAGAGCGAAACUCUGGUUUUCUUAUUUUGAGGAAGGCAGAACACUUCCUGUCCCUUUCAAUCUGGUGCCCAGCCCCAAAUCUCUGCUGUACUUUUCCCUCAGAAUAAAGACGUGGAUUUUUAAACUACUGUUUUGCCAUACGAAAGGUUUCCAGGAGGAUGCUGAAAUGAAUCAGAUGGAGCAUAAUAAGCUACCAAAUAUAAGAAGCACAGAUGACAUCGACUUAAACAGCUCAAAUAAUUCACAGAGAAAGUACCAGAAGAUCAUGAAACGUCUUGUUAAACGAUAUAUACUGAAAGCUCAAGUAGACAGAGAGAGUGAUGAAGUCAAUGAAGGUGAGCUGAAAGAAAUUAAACAGGACAUCUCAAGCCUUCGAUAUGAGCUCCUUGAAGAAAAAUCACAGAACACAGAAGACCUAGCAGAACUUAUCAGAAAACUUGGAGAGAAAUUGUGUAUUGAACCAAAGCAGGAACAAAGCUGCAGAUAACAUGAACUUCUUUCUCAAAAGGAAAAGAAGCAGAAAUCCUCCAAGCUGGCAGACCCAAUGAAAGCCAUAUCAAUGUUUACCUCCCCUUUGUUCUCCUUUCAAACUUAAUUGACACUUUUACAGCAGACAUCAAAAGCAGACACGUCUUGAAUGGAUCUUUUUAUUACUUGCAACAGGGGAAAAAACAGAAUUUGACUGAGUUGUUCAAUCCCAUGCACCAAAGGAGAAAGAGAGAAGAAAAAAAGAACUUUUCAAAAAAUAGUCUUAAAAUUUAAAAAAAAGAAAGACAUAAAACAGUUUCGUAAACUGUAUGACUUUAACUGCUGGAUUCAUCAAGUUCUUUUUCACAUAUACAAUAUUUUCAAACAUGCAUACCUUAUAUCUUACGUGUAUCUGUAAUCAUAGUCCAUUGAAAUAAA